AUGCCCACCAUCCGUGAUGCCAUCGACCAUGCCUCCUUUGUUGCUGUGGACUGCGAGAUGACUGGCCUGUUUGACUACGAACCCAAGCCAUGGUACCUGGACGACAUGCAGACCCGCUAUGAGGAUGUAUGUGGGGUCGCUGCCAAUGCACAGAAGUUUGGGCUCAUCCAGAUCGGCCUGGCGGCCUUUGCCCCGAGCCUCACGGGCCUGGGUUGGGCCUCCUCCCUGGAAUUCCUGUCUGGCUGUGGCUUUGACUUCAAUAAAUGCAUUCGCCACGGCGUGCCAUACAUGACAGCUGUGGCCAGAGACGCGAGGCUUGCACGUGUGGCUCGAGAGGCCAGCGCCAAGGAACGUGCCUCCCAGCAGCCCCUGAUCCAGCUGACGGCCCAGCGAGACAUCGACUUCAAGGAAGACUUCCUCGCCCGCGUCAGGGACUGGCUGGCGUCCGACACGGAGGAGGCGCUGCUGCUGCCCAGCAGCAACUCUUUCCAGCGAGCGGUGCAACACCAGGAGCUGCGGCGGCCCCAGUUUGGGGCGCCCGACCCGCCCGGCUUCCAUGUGGAGGUGGUCAAGGGGCCUAGCGGCUACAACCAGCUGCGGCUGGUCAAGGCAGACCCGGAGGUAGCGGCGGCGGCCAGGGCUGCCGCGACGUCCAAGGCGCAGGCUGACAUCCAUGCCGCGGCAGGCUUCACGGCGGUGCUGGAGAUGCUGAGGGGCGCUGGAAAGCCUGUGGUUGGCCACAACGCCUUCUUCGACCUGGCCUUCAUCCUUUCCUCCUUCGCCACCCAGCUGCCCCCCAGCCUCCGGGCCUUCAAGGAGCUGGUGCGCGCCUGGUUCCCCGCCGGCUUCUGGGACACCAAGCACCUCGCCUGCCAGCUCCAGGCCGCGCAGCCAGCGGCAGCGCCGGAGGACACGAGCCUGGGGGCGCUCUAUGCCGAUCUGGAGGCCAGGGCCGCGGGCGGCGUGGCAAGUGAUCCCGGUGAAGGGGGCCUCAUCCAGACCGCGCCGCUGCCCACCGUGGGCCACAGCGUCACGUUUGAUCGCUACGACUUUGCGGGUGCCUCGAUGCUGGCUCAUGAGGCCGGCUACGACGCCUUCAUGACGGGCGCGGUCUUUGCCCGCCUGGCCGUGCUGCUGGGCGGCGCAGAGACGGUGCAGGCGGCCCUCCCCGCCCUGGCCGCCUUGAGGGGGCGCCUCAAUGUCACCAGGUCUGACUACGCCUACAUCAAUCUGGAGGGUCCCGACCCCGAGCCUAGGCGGCCCAAAGUGCUGUGGGUGUCUGGAUUCGAGGCCGGCAGUCUCACCGGAGGAAGCCUGGCACGGUGUGGUGACUGGCGACUGGGUUUCGCUGGUUGUGGCGAGUGA